UGUGCAGUGCUAAUAUUAUUAAAAAAAUAAAAAUUUGAAAUAAUAACUACAUUUUUGUAAAUUAUUUGUGUAUAUUUAUUAAAUAUUAUAAUAGCUAUGAUUUUGAAUAAGUUUUAAAAAUUAAUAAAUAGCAAUAAAGUGGCUAAGUAACGGUUCUAAUGCUUGUCAUUCUUGCUGUCAGCAUUCUUGACUUGGAAGAACAACUGAAUUAAUUAGCUAUAUAAAUAAUGGAUUUUAAAUUAAAAUUUUUAUCAAGUUUUUUUAUUUUAUUUGUAAUAUUUUAUCACGAGGUAACAAGCAGUGACGGCAGAGUUGGAGAAAUUCUUCCAAAUGAUCGUGAAAUUCUGGUUGGUACUGAACUAGUAUUAAUAUGUAGUGUGAAUGUGACUUUUAAUUGCGGCAAAAUGUUAGAGUCAGACAGAGGCUUUUCCUUUGAAUAUAAAAAUCUCACAAGAGUUCCGGAUGAAUAUAUUACGCCUUUAAAUUUAUCUGCAAUUGAACUAAGAAUACCCAAUGCUCCAAUGAUGAAUGAAAGAUUUAAAUGUUAUUGUAAUAAUGACGCAAUUGAUUAUGCAUAUGUUAGAGUUGGUACCCCUCCACAAAAUGUAACUGAUUUUGAUUGUGUUGGUUAUAAUUUUGAAUAUUUAACAUGCAGCUUCUCGGAGUCAACAAAUCCGGCGUAUGAAACUUAUUCAUUAGAAUAUAGUGUGUCACAUGAGAUAGAAGAUGAAAAUAAUUUAUUUAUACUGCAGCAGUAUGUUCAUGAUUGUAUUGGACUCAAUUUAGAUCCUUCUAGUAAUAAAUAUGUUUGCAAUAUUACUGGAAUAGCAUAUUAUCAAGUACAUGAAAAUUAUAACUUUACAUUGAAGAUCAAUAAUUCUCUGGGAUCUUUGAAUCAGUCGUUUAAUAUUAAUCAAGUUGACAAAAUGAAGCCAGCAACACCUAAUUUAACAUUAGUUAAAUCAACGUUUGACAGUUUAAUGUUUUCAUGGACUUACAGUCGGGCACCUUUCUUCAAAAAUUGUAAAGGAUAUUCUUUAAUAUUCGAAAUAAAAUAUCUUCCAGAGUUAAAUAAGAAGGAGAAAAAUGAUGACGAUUUUAUUUUGUACAAUGUAACAAUACCGGACUCAAAGAACACGAUCAAUUAUACAAUUAAACUUGAAAAUUUGGAAUAUGCUUACACAUGGUAUGACAUUCGUGUCCGGUUAAGGGUUAAAUCGCCAAAGGUCAAAGAUACUCCUUGGAGUGAUACUUGCAAGAUAACAUCUCAAACAGGCUCUAGAACUCCAGAUAGCGCACCAAAAACUGAUGUGGGAAGCUUUUACAUUGACAAUUCUAAUCGUAAAGUUAAUUUAUAUUGGGAAACUUUAGCAUCAUACAAACAAAAUGGAAAAAAUACUAGAUAUAUUGUGAAAAGUAUUAUUGUUAAUGGAAUCAAAAUGAACCUGCAAGCACUCAAAAUGGCAUUAAACACAGCAACUUAUCAUUACAAUUCUUCUAAUGAAUAUGAAUUUCGAAUUAAAAGUGUGAAUGAAAUAGGAGAAUCCAAUAAUUACAGUGUAAUACGUAUUCCAAGACGGGAUGAAUAUCCAAAAGACUACUACUUGCCCAGAUACUUUAAUAAGAUAUUCCAUAACAAUAGUUAUGAGCUUACAUGGGAUGAACCGAUAAAUUAUAAAUAUCAAUUACAAGAUUAUACUGUGUUUUGGUGUAAAUCAACUCAAGAAUCUCAUACAGAUUGUGAAAAUUCAGAUGAAGGUUCAAUUCAUUUUGAGCGUGUAGAUAAAAAUCAAAAGAAUUUUACAAAACCAAAAAUUAAUAUUGAUUAUCACUUAAAUUUUGGUGUGUCCGCGAAUUACGAGCAUUUUAGUUCUGGAAUUGUGUGGGCACCAUGUACUGGACGAAAAACAGGCGAUUUUGACGAAGUACAGGUGUUAUCAUCUAAAGCAGAGAAACAAACUAUUACGAUUUCAUGGAAUUUGGACUGUGUUUACAGACCUAUUUUGAAGGGCUAUAAUUUGACUUAUUGUCCUUAUACAGAGAACGUGAAUGGGUUAACGCAAGGUAUUGAGCCUAAUUGUACGGAGCCAGAGCAAUAUAUAAAUAUCACCAAAAAUAAGGCACCUGGUGAAUAUGUGUUGAGAAAUUUAAAACCAUACAAAAGCUAUAAAAUAAACAUUAACAUGUUCUCGGAAACAAAGUCUGGACCAAAACUAAGUAAACCUAUUUAUGCUACUACAAUGGAAGCAGCUCCAUCCAUUCCGAGGAAUUUGGUUCUCGUUAAUAAAACUAGCAAUUAUGCAACAAUACAAUGGGAAGUUCCAGAAAAUAAAAAUGGAGAUAUAAGAUAUUAUGAAAUAUUUUAUAAUGAAAACAGCAAGAAAUUAGAGAAAGUUAAGAUACCAGAUAAUAGCUCGAUUAUUACAUAUAGGCUUGAGCACUUAAAAUCUUUCCAUAAUUAUAAAGUUUAUGUGAUUGCUUUUACAGUGUCUCCAUCGAGUCGCAGCAAUGAUUUGACAUUCAAAACUUGGAUGGGUCAACCUGAUUCCUUGAAAACUGCAAGUUCUGAUUUGCAAAACAGCGAUAAAAAAAUUAUUAUGUGGGACCCACCUGUGGAUCCUGCAGCCAGUAAAAUAAGUUUCUAUAAAAUAACCAUCAAUUCAAAGCAGGGUGAUAAAAGACCUUUUCAAGUUGUUUCUUUUGUCACUGAAAAUAAAUGCACGUUCAGACCAGUCUGUAAAACAUUUGAAAUUAAAGCAGAAGUGAAAGGAGCUGCUGUAAAUGCCAUUCCAAAAGAAGAAUUUGAUUUUGAACGCUUUGAACAUAUUGGAUUCUUCCCAUGCGGUAAUCCAACGUCUAAUGAAACAGCAAGUCCAGACGAUCACGAAGUUAGUUCUACAUUCUCUUAUUUGCAAAGUGAAUUUGAUGAAUUCGAUUUUACUUGUGAGGAAGAUAUAAGAAAUACCAAAUCAAAAUUUAAUGAUAAAUAUUGUGGAACUAGAGAAUAUAAAUUUUUAGCUGGAAAUGAUGAAUUGAUUUAUGGUUUUGAAUGCAAUUUGGGUAAAAAAGAAUUAACACAAACCUUGUUUUUGGUGUUGGCUAUAUCAGUUUUCGUGUUUGCUAUGUCAAUGUCAACCUUUUUCGGCGUCAAAAAAUUUAAAAAAAUGAAAAAUAUUGAUUUUGUAUUACCUCCUGGGCUAGACGAUUUGAAUCAAUUAGAAAACAAUAAAAACAACCAAGGGAAGCCAUCAAUUGAAAGACAAAAUAUAGAGAAAGUCAAUGAAAACUUACAUUUACUUAGUAGUAUUGAUAAUGGCUCGAUAGGUUAUUUGAACUGUAGCGAAUCUGAAAAAAGCUACGAUGUUAAUUGUAGUAAUGAUGUAAUUUGUAAUAACGAUGAUGCACAAAGUUCAACACAAAGUCAAAAUUCAGAAGAAAUGAGUGAUAUGAGCAAUCAAUCUAACCAUAGUUCAAGAUCCGAAUCACCUAAUUUAAGUGAUUUACAAUCAAGAAAAGAAAUGAAUUUUAUAAUGCAGCCGCAAAAUGGUUUGAAUAAUACAGGAAAUAUUUCAGCGGGUGAUGGAUACGUGCAACAAAGUGUUUUGCAGAAGCAUCCUCCUCCAUCAUCUGUUGGAAAUGGCUAUACAGUUUUAGAAACAUUGGGAAAUAAACCAACAAUUAUUACAAAUCCCAUGCCAACAUCAUCUAUUGACACAAGCAAUUACGUUAAUCCAAGCUCAAUUAAUUUGGUUGCGAAACCAAAAGUAUUUUUAACAUCAACUACAAAUCCUAAUAAUCCCACUUUAGCUGGAUAUGUUACGCAUAAGCAACUUUCAGAUUACGGGCAGCAGAAGCGACAUUAAAUUAUAUAAAAAUUUAGUUUGUUGAAAACUAAAAAAAUUAUAAUUUAUAUUUAAUUUUGAAAAAACAAGAGAAAAUAAGAAUUAAGAUAAAAGAAAAUUUUAAAUAAAAAUUUUUAAUUUAAAUAUUUUAGUAAAUAAAUCAUCUAUUCAUGUAAGAAAAUGUAAGAAUAAAUUUUUAGCAAUUAUUUACUUAAGAGUAUAUUUAUAUUUAGAAAAGUGAAAAUAUAUUUUUAACUAGGUGGUAAUAACAUUUUAAUGUUUUACUCGUGAAAAAAUGGAUUUUAUUAAAUUAAUAUGUGUCGAUGAGGAAUAUACCAUGUUUAUAGAAAUAUGUUUUUUUGAGGUCACAGUUUGCAGUUUAUGAAAGUUUCAUUCAUACUUUAAUCAUUUUAAUUUCAGAUUCAUUAUACACAGUUAUUACAUGACAUAUUAAUUAGUAUUUACAUACUUUUAAUACUUUAUUUUUAAUACGAACAGGUUUCUUGACAAUUAGUUUUAAAGUAGUUUUUUUUUUAUUUUUAAUUUAACAAAUUUAAAAAAAGUAUUAGGAAAACAAAGCAAGUAAAAAUAAUUAUAAAAGAACAACGAAUGUAUAAAAUGCGAUCAGUCGGUGCUAAAUUGUUUAUUUUUUUGUUUAUAGAACUUUUCUACAUUUGAGAUUUGUGUGAUUUAAACUGUGACUUAUAUAAAUAUCACGCGUUUGUUAAUAAAAGGUCCAUGUAAUAAUAUUCUAUUUUCAUUAAUUUAAGGAAUUUUUCUAUUUUAAAAAAUUCUUAUAUGUUUUUGAAAAAUUUUUCAAUUAUAAAUAGACUGAUAAGAACAAUUACUUAAUUGCUUUUUAAAAAAUUAAAACUAGAUUUUAAAUUUAUUAUCAACAAAUAUUUAAACUAUAGGCUCAAUUAUGGAAGUCGAUUCGUAAAUCGAUUAAAUUAGAAUAUUUCAUUUGAAAAAUUUUCAUGUUGAUUCAAUUUUUUAUUAAAAAAAAUUAAAUUUUGCAAUUUAUAAAUAAUACAUUUUUGCUUUGAAAUUCGUUUCUUGUGGGCAUAUUUUGUAAAUGAAAUGUUUCUUUCAUAAUUGAGUAAAGAAGAAAAUACUUAACUUGCCAUUUUAAUAUAUUAUCGUUCACUAAUUAUCUUAGUAGAAAAACAGGACGGGAACAUUUUUCAAAAACUGCUUUUUAUUAUUUUCUGAUGAAAGAAAUUGUAUUUUUUUUUUGGAAGAUCAACUUUUAUAACUUACUGCAAUGUAUAAUUGCCUAAUUUUCUUCUAAAUUAAAACGUAAAUUUCGCUGAUAUAAAAAUAUUGUAUUUAAAUAAGUUUAAAAUACAUAUUAGAAUUUUUAUAUUAAAAACAUUUGUAUUUUUCAGUUUUAAUACUUUUCUCUUUAAUUCAUACUUUUUUAAUUAGAAUAUUGUAUUAGGCAUAUUUUAAUUGAACGGUAAAUAUUUGAUAUUUUAAUGUGUUAUAAACUAUAAAGCUGUUAGCUUAGUUAGCUAAAAUUAGCUAAGUAUUCAUCUUGAAAAUAAGCAGUGGUGCCUUGUGUCUUUGAUUAAGAAAUAUGUUUUUAUUUUGAAAUUUCGUUUUAUUUGAAAUGACUCACAUUUUAGCUAUUUUUAGUAUUUAAAAAAAUUAAUAGUUAUAUAUCUCAUUAUUUAUCAUUAUUAUAUUAUAAUCUUAUGUUGUAAUAAACUGAACAAUUUUUAUAUCAUAGAAUUAAGCGGGAAAAUAAUUUUUAGUUGUGUUUUUAAGUAUUUAGUUUUGUAAAAUUAUAAUAUAAUGUAUGACAAGGUUUUACAUAUUCAUAUAUGUAUAAUAAAACGUAAUAGUGUAGAUAUUGAAGAUUUUCAAUGUCCCCAGUAACUUAUUUAUGCAUUACCAUAAUUCCAAUUAUUUUUAUCUUUUUAAUUUUCUGAAAGAAACUAAUAAAAAAUAUAUAUGUAUUGCUAAUAUACUAAAGAAAUUUUUAUAUUUAAAAAAGGUUUUUUAAAUGUAUUUAUCACUUUGCCAAUUAUUUCAAUUAAUUUAUCUCAAAAAUAUGAAAAACGAUUAAAAUAUACUGGGCCAAACUAAUUAUUUUGGUACCAUAAUUUUUGUCUGUUCUUAUAAAUGAUUUAUUGUCGAUAAGUAAUAAAAUUGAUAUUAAAUUGUUAAAUUUUUAUCUAUUUUGUAAAAUAUUUGGACCUGAAUUGUAACAAAAAUUUUUGAUCUUAUAAAUUUUAACGUUUCUUUUUUUCAAAUUUUCAAUGUUUAAACAAAAUUCGAUGUAAUGAUGCACGUAAAAAUUAAUGUAUUAAAUAAAAGAUAUAAAAAUUUAUAGGAAUCGCUAUUAUUGUGUUGAAAUGUCUUGCGUGUUUUUUUAUAUAGAAUUUUUAAUUAAUAUUUUUUUAAUUUAAUAUUAUUUUAACAAUAAUAAAUUAAUAUUAUUAUUAAAUUAAUUAAACACUUUUUUCGAAAUGAAUCAUAUUGAAUUUGAAAAAAUAUUUAAUUUAUAUUUGAAUUUAAUAUCUAAGAUAAUUUCAAAAGAUUUUUAAAAUGAUUAAUUUAAUAAAUGUUAUAGUUAGGCCUUUCUAGCUAAAGUUUUUUGAAAAAACUUUUUGUAAAGGAGUUUAUAUCAAUUUUUUUCCAUUUUCUUUUAGUUUUAUGUUUUUUUUUUCGUAGGAAUCUGUAUAUACUAUAUUAAAUUCACAGAUAUUUGAUACAAUAAAAGCGAUUCAUAAUGCCUGACAAAAGUUUAAGGUUUCAAUUAAUUAUAUUUAGUAAGAAGUUCUUAGGCAACUAUAAAAAUAUUUAGAAAAUAAUUUUAACAUAUAUAUAGUAAUACAUAUUUACAAAUUGAGUAUAUGUGCAAGGUAUGAAUAUUAAAUAUAUACAUAUGUAAAACAUUAUAAUUUAGAUAUGUUAAAACAUACAUGUAUAUAUAUAUAUAUAUAUAUAUAUAUAUAUAUAAAUAUUUAUGAUAUGUAUAUAUAAUAACAUAAUAUAUAUAUAUAUAUAUAUAUUUAUAAAAUUCAUUAUGAUUUUUAAUUUAUAGGCUAUCACUGUACAUGUUUAUAAAAAAAAAAUCGUAACUAUGCAAACAAAAUUGACUGAAAUUUUGGGUAAUUUAAUAAGAAAUUCAUUGUACCUUCAUUUUAACUUUCAUUUUUAAUCUACAAUUAAAUAUUAACACUACGAAUUAAUUCAUUAAUGAUAAGCUAUUAUUUUUGAAAAUUAUGGAUUAAGAUCCUUUUAAUUUUUUUUUUAUUUGAUUACGAAUGUCAUGUUAAUUAGAAG